AUGGAGCUCCGCUUGGCUCUUAGCCAGGCCCACACUGGACAGUUCGUCCCACAGUGUGACGCUAACGGGAACUUCCUCCCCCAGCAGUGCUCCGGGUCCACCGGGUACUGCUGGUGCGUCAACGUCAUCACGGGGGAAGAGAUACCGAACACGUGGACCCCGCCGGGCGUCACGCCUCUUCAGUGUGGCCUCUGCAGACAAGAGAGGGAUCACAACAAGGGCCGCGUUGGAGAGUUCAUCCCCCAGUGUGACGCUAACGGGAACUUCCUCCCCCAGCAGUGCUCUGGGUCCACCGGGUACUGCUGGUGCGUCAACGUCAUCACGGGGGAAGAGAUACCCAACACGAGGACCCCCCCGGGCGUCAAACCGGUCCAGUGUGGCCUCUGCCAGGACCAGACGAUGAACGGCCCUGAAGGAUCUGGAGAGUUCGUCCCACAGUGUGACGCUAGCGGGAACUUCCUCCCCCAGCAGUGCUCCGGGUCCACCGGGUACUGCUGGUGCGUCAACGUCAUCACGGGGGAAGAGAUCCCGGACACGAGGACCCCCCCGGGCGUCACACCUUUUAAGUGUGAGAGGAACCCUGCCGGCGGAUGGACCGCUUUGGAAAGCGUUGUUUGCCUUCACGAGCCCAAAGACGUGGUCUGAAGAGAGAGUUACUGCCUGUCCGAAGAAGGCAACCUGGCGUCGGUCCACAGCAACGAGGAGAACAACUUUCUCCAGAGGUUGACCAAAGAAGACACCUACAGAUUCCCCCUCACCUGGAUCGGGGGCACCGAUUGCAUCCAGUCCGGUUUUUGGAGGUGGAGUGACGGCACCAUGUUCAACUACAGAAACUGGUCCAAGCGCUACAACAUGCAAGACCAAGGGCGCAAGAUGAGAUGUCUGCAGAUGAAUUAUGGAUAUCGUAAGAAGUGGAACGCCUCCUCCUGCAACGACACUCUCCCUUUUGUGUGUGCCAAGGAGAUGUGACACCUCUGAGGAGAGCUCUAAGAGCCGGAGUAACGUGACCUCACCACGUAAUCACGUGGGAACCAGAUCCUUUCACAGCUCCCACAAACUCUCUGAUUUCUUUCUAGUUAGGCAAGUUUAGCACGAUCCACAAUCACUCCUGUACUCCUUGUGUUCAUGAUUUUAGUGAUUAAUCGUGGUUAAAGCACAAAUUAGUCCCGGCUAACUUGAAGAGGAGGCUCCUCUGUCUCUGGGAGGGAGACGACAGGAAGUGCAGUUUUGGGAAUCUGUUCUGCGGGUGAACAGGGGUGAAGUGACAGAGAUGUGAGUGAGUGAAUCAGGGAAGGUUGAGUAGCUGAUAUUCAUCCUGCCAGUGAGCGGAGGCGUCUUCUCUUUAACCCUUGUGUUGUCUUAUCGUUUACCAUGAAAAACAUUUAUGACACUUUUUCAGUGUUGUGGGUGCUUUUUUUGAUGUUUUUUUCCAAAGUUAAUUGAUAUUUCUAAUGUUGACAUUUUCACGGCUUAUUUCAAAGACCCUUCUUUUGUGAAAAAAAACUGAAAACGGGUCACAUUUGACACGAGGGUCAAGAAAAAGCCGAAAAAGGGAUCUUAAUUAAUCAAAUGCAUAAAAAAAAAAACUCACUUGGGUCUUUGUCCGUUCCGAAAUAACACGAUCGAUGACACAGUAAUGUGACGUGUGCUAAGCUAACAUAAUUAAUAAGGAAUAUAAUCAGAAUGACAUCUAUUCACAUGGGAAAAAAAGACUUUUGAACAGCUGUUUCUUUAACAUGUAGAUAACAAACUAACAAUUAAAGGACAUUGUCA